AUGUCUGAACGUAAGGUGCUCAAUAAAUACUUCCCUCCUAAUUUUGAUCCGUCGCAAAUUCCCAGACAAAAGCGACCUAAGGAUCAGCAACACAAGGUCCGUCUGAUGGCACCAUUUUCGAUGCGAUGCGAGAGCUGUGGUGAAUACAUUUACAAGGGAAAAAAGUUUAAUGCGCGGAAGGAAACAGUUGAAGGCGAAAUAUACCUAAACAUCAAGAUCUUUCGAUUCUACAUUCGAUGCCCACGAUGCUCGGCUGAAAUUACGUUCAAGACAGAUCCAAAAAAUACAGAUUAUAUAGCUGAACUCGGUGCAAGUCGAAACUUCGAACCAUGGCGAGGCGAGGAUGAGGAGGGGAAACCCGAAGAGGAAGAGGAAGAAGUAGACGAUCCCAUGAAAGCGUUAGAAAAUCGAACACUGGACUCGAAACGAGAAAUGGAGAUUCUGGAUGCAUUAGACGAAAUCCGAUUACGCAAUGCACGAAGUGAACGUGUUGAUGUAGAUGAUGUACUCGAACGAUUCACCAUGGUAGACAAGUCUGCUCUGGAGCAGCGAUUAGAGCAGGAAAGUUUGGAAGAUGAACAGCAUGCGACGGAAGCGUUCCAGUCAGGCGAUGGUGAACGUGUACGCAAGUUGGCGGAUGGAGAAGAGCCGGAUGUGUUUUCGCUC